AUGAGUAACUUAAUUGAAUUGCCAGUGAUAUCCUCAGACUUGGUCUCUUCACUCCACUUCAAUUCCUCAAAUACACUACUUCAUACUGCUUCUUGGGAUGGUUAUGUCAACCUAUAUGACAUCCAAAGGCUGAUUUCCAGCUACAAAAUCAGCCAGUCAGUCACCGAAGAAAAUAGUAUCGUGGGGAGAUUCCAUACCGGCUCGUCUAUCCUUGACUCUUGUUGGGAUGAAAAUGAUGAAAAUAUAAUUUAUAGCGGGAACAUCAAUGGGCAGAUAUAUCGUUUGGAUCUUUCGAGAAUUGGUCCAUCUACAGAAAAAGUUCUACCGUCUGGUACUAUAGGAACCCAAUCAAAGCUUGCAAUUCAGAAACUCAAGUUUAAUAAAUACUAUAAUGUUUUGGGCUCUAUCUCUUGGGAUAAGUCCCUUCAAAUAUCAGACCCCAGAAGCCAGGCAAAAAGUUUGAUAAAGCACAUUGACAAUAAACCUUUGGCAAUGGAUAUGAAUAACAACUAUGUCAUAGUAUCAACCACAAAGAACUUGAUUCAGUUGUAUGAUUUGAGAUUUCCUGGGGCGCCAUUGAUUCAAGAACGUGAGUCAGGAUUACGGUUUCAAACCAGAGAAAUCCUCCUUAGCAAAAAUCAGCCACCAAUGCAAAUUGUCAACAAUCAACAUAUUUUUGACAAGCCAGAAAUGACAAACCAAAACUUGGUGUACAAUAACGAAGAUUUUUUCGUUCAGUCAUCGUACGAGGGUAGAAUAAUCGUUGAUUUCAUUGACCCAUCAGAAAAAUCCCAAGAACAAAAGUUUGCCUUUAAAUGUCAUAAAAUCACCUCAAGUGAUGGAAUCGACAUGAUUUCUCCGAUAAACUCAAUAAUCCUAUUCAGAGAACCGAAUCCGCUAAACUCUUCACCGCAUCAGUUACUUUAUACAUCAGGAUCGGAUGGGUUGAUUAAUCUUUGGGAUUUGAAUAAAAAGAAGAAAUUGAAAAAAUUAAAGAAAUUCAAGCAUUCGAUAAUGAAAAUGGGGAUCUCUAAUCCAAAGGGUGAAAUACCAAGAACUACAGCUGAUAAAAAUAAUGAUCAUAUGUUGGCCAUAGUGGUGGGAGAAGAUUCUUUCAAAAAUAAUCGAUAUUUGGAUACUGGAGUAACCACCAGCCCUACGAACUUACAGCAGAAUAAAAAUGGGAUAGGACAAGGGGCAAUGCCCAAUGUGACCGAUUUCAAUACCAAAUUGUAUUUGAAGUUUAUGUGA